CCAUGUUUGCGAGACCGUGAAAGGACGGGACAAGCCAGCUGCCUCCUUCCUCGUCUUCGCUCGUAUGACGAGGAGUAUUACCGAGAUUUUCUUAGGAUGCCGCCGCGGUCCUUCGACACUCUUUUGAGCCUCGUCGGCCCCCACAUCACGAAGGAGGAAACCCGAUUCCGACGCCCGAUCUCUCCCGAUGAUCGCCUGGCUUUGGCCGUCAGAUUCUUGGCAGCAGGUGAAACGCUGAGGUCCUCCUCAUACAAUUUCCUCUGUGGGAGAACAACAGCGUGCAAAAUUGUGUCGGAGGUAUGUGCAGCUAUCUGGGACAUCCUGAGUCCCAUUUACGUUGUAUGUCCGAAGACCUCAGACGCCUGGAUCAGGGUUGCUGGCGAGUUCGAGGAAAGAUGGAAUUUGCCACAUUGCUUGGGUGCGAUUGACGGCAAGCACGUCAGCAUCGAGUGUCCUGCAAAGUCCUGCAGCCAGGACAGAAAUUAUAAAAAUGGCUUCAGCAAGUCGUUGCUUGCUGUUAGUGACGCCUACUACAGGUUCCUGUAUGUGGAGAUUGGCUACCAUGGCAGCGAGUCGGAUGGAGGCAUCUUCGCACGUAGCGAGCUCCAGCGCCGCAUUGUCGCAGACCAACAGGGCAUUCCCCCAGAUUCUAGUCUAGCCAACAUUGGCACAGUGCCUUAUUUCUUGGUUGGGGACGAGGCCUUCCCACUGAAGAAGUACCUUAUGCGACCUUAUCCAAGAAAAAGCAAGUGACCUCUUCUCUCUCUCUUGUCUCCGUAUCCCCCCCCCCCUUUAUUUAUAGAUAAAAAAUGUGCCAUGCUGUGCAAAUCUAGGUCACAAAGAAUAUAUUUCUUUGCUGAGGAUAUAACCAGUUCCCAAGGCAAUGUAACAGUGCAGAAUAGCCAGCUUUUGA